UUCCAUGGUUAGACAUUUUUCCGCUUUGACAUCGUACAAAUGACAGCAAGCAGCAGUGGUGGUGGUCGUUGCAGUUUUCUCUGUUAAUUUUUCGUACAAAUUUUAAGUUAAAUAAAUAAAUCGUUUUGAAAACUCAAAAAAUGCCCAUUGACGAUGACAGUGAUUUUGAAGAUGGAUCCGAAGUUGAGAAGCCAACAAUUACUCCACAUAAGCCAACUGCGACGCAAGAAACAGACGAAGAUGAACAAUUCGAUUUGGAUGACCUGCUCCCAUCCAUUGGAGAAUUUGGCAAAUAUCAAAAGUUGCUGGUCUUUGGAAUAUGUCUUCCAGCUUGUAUACCAUGUGGUUUUUGUGCUUUCAAUCAACUUUUUAUGGCCGACACGCCCACGGAUUAUUGGUGUCGGGUACCAGAAUUACUUAACAUAUCAUCUGUGGAGCAGAGAAAACAAUUGGCAUUGCCUCCAGAUAUGGAUCAUCACACCGGUGAACAUAGUAAAUGCUACAGAUAUGCGGUCAAUUGGUUACAACUUCUUGAAAAUACCACCAUUAAUGACUUGAAACCGGACCCAUCUUGGCCAAUUGAAAAAUGAGAGGGUUGGGAAUACGAUACCACCGAAGUGUGGUCCUCGAUUGUAAUCGACUAUGAUUUAGUAUGUGACAAGGACAUUUAUCCCACAAUUGGUUUGGCAGCCCUAAGUGGCGGCCCGAUUGGCGUGUAUUUGUUUGGUUUGUUAAAUGAUCGUGCCGGUCGGAGGACAUCGUAUUUCGUUUGUUUGGCCACAUUACUGAUCGGCAGUCUUAUUACAUCGAUAAGCAAGGAUUUUUGGACAUGGGCUGGAAGUCGAGUUAUUGUGGGUCUAACCAUACCCGCUGUAUAUCAAAUUCCAUUUAUUAUAUCUCUCGAGCUGGUCGGAGAAAACUAUCGUUCAUUUGUAACCGUUAUGACGUGUACCUUUUACACCUCGGCUAUUAUGAUAUUAUCCGUUGUAACAUAUCUAGAAAGGGAUUGGGUUAAACUCUCCUACUACACCUCUGUGCCGUUCUAUGCUUAUUUUCUCUACCUAUUCAUUAUGCCCGAAUCACCACGUUGGCUACUGAUGAGAGGAAGACUUGAAGAAGCUCUAAAAAUUCUAGAGAAUAUGGCAAGGGUAAAUGGUCAUGAAUUUCCACCGGUUAUUAAAACCAAAUUAGAAGCUCAAAUUUCGCGUGACAAAUUAAAAGAGAAGAAGAAGCAUGUGAACGCUGGAGUUUCCGAUUUAUGCAGAACUCCCAAUAUGCGUUUGAAGACCCUGCUUAUUACCCUUAGUUGGUUUGCCAAUGAAACUGUAUAUUUGGGUCUAAGUUAUUAUGGCCCCUCUUUGGGCAGCAAUCAAUAUGUUAGCUUCUUUUUGUCGGCAGCUGUUGAGAUACCAAGCUACUUGGUAUGUUGGUAUCUCAUGGAUACAUGGGGACGGCGCUGGCCUUUGUCGUUAUCCAUGAUUUUGGGUGGCGUAGCCUGUGUCAUCACUGUAAUGCUUCCCGAUGAUGCCGUAGAUGAGACUCUAUAUUUGUAUCUAAUAUCCAAGGCAUUGUUAUCAGCUUCCUUUUUGAUUAUCUAUCCUUUUGCCGGCGAACUUUAUCCCACACAAGUUCGAGGUAUUGGUAUUGGCGUUUCCAGUUAUGUCGGUGGUCUAGGUCUUAUUGUUAUACCCUUUGUUACAUAUUUGGGCAAGGAGAAUCUCAAACUACCAUUGGUAAUAAUGGGUUUCAUGUCAAUGCUGGGCGGCAUUACAGGUUUGCGUUUGCCCGAAACCCUACAUCAUCGUUUGCCGCAAACCAUCGAGGAGGGCGAAGAAUUUGGCAAGGAUUGGACGAUCAAAAACUGUUGCAGCUGUAAGCCAGAAAUUCAAACCUUAACAUCUCAGCAGGCAUCCUAUGAAAAUCUAGAUGUCUUGGCAUCAAAUGCUGGGUCCGAUGUUGAGUUGGAAAUGAAAACAUCCUCAGCCUCGUCAUCGAAACGACAUUCGGUGCGUUCACGUCCCAAAUCGAUUAUCGAUGAACGUACCCCCUUGGAUGUUAAUCGUCCCACUAGACCAUCAAUGCGAAGGCUGGUGCGCCAGAUGAGUGUUAUGGAUACUCAGAGGACACAAGACGGAACUAUGCAAUUAACUCAUUGGAUAUGAGAGGCGUUUGCGAAUAUAGUUCAAUAAUAAAUAUGAAAUAAUAUCAGUAUUGUAUUCCUUAAUCCGAUGUUAAAUGUAAACUUAUUUCUAAGUUAAUAAAGCCGCAUUUGAAAAGGUAGCAAAUUGUUGGCCAAUAAAAAAUGUUAAUCAAUCC